AUGGCUACUGGAGGAAUGCAGGCCGCCAUCGAGCCUUUUAGCGGCAAGAACUGGUCAUCCUGGAUCCAGCGCCUGACCUUCUACUUCGUGGCGAACGACGUUUGCGACGAACGAAAGAAGCGCGCGCUCCUCCUGACGCUAUGUGGAGCCGACACCUUUGAAACUGCCUGCGCUCUGGUCGCGCCGAAGACUCCUGGAGAGGUGGGCUAUGCCGACAUAGUUGCCCUUCUGCAGAAGCACUUCGAUCCACGACCGUCUGAGUUGUACAGCCGGUACGUGUUCCAGCGACGCGAUCAGCGGCCGGAAGAGUCGAUCAGCAACUACGUUGCAGCCCUCAGAAGCUUGUCAGCUGACUGCAACUUCGGAGUGCCAGCGACAACGUCUGCUACAUCGACGCCACCGGCAGAAGGCCACGCAGCCGUUCUGGCGAACCCCACCAUGCUGCCCCAAGAUGUGAUGCUUCGCGACAGGUUCGUGUGCGGCAUCCGCGACGAGCAUCUGCAGCAGCGACUGUUCGCGGAGAAAGACUUGACUUUUCAACGCGCGUUGGACUUGGCACUGUCGUCCGAAAGUGCGUCGAAGCAGCAACGAGGACUUAAGGGAGCGACGAGCUCCGCGGAGGUGCACAAGACUUCACAGCCUAAAAAGGAAAGCAAACAUUCGGCUCAGCAACGGCGCUGCUACCGAUGCGACGGCUGGCACGGGGCUGACACCUGCAAAUUCAGUACAGCGCAAUGCCGUUUUUGUUCCAAAAAGGGCCACAUCGAGAACGCCUGCAUCUCCAGAAAGAAGAAAAACAAAGAAGGCAACCUCAACGCCCGGCAAGGAACUCACAUGGUUAACGCCCAACCUGUGUGCUACGACCUCGAGGACACCGAUUGGUGCUACGACCUACAUGCCGUGAGUGGGCGACAACCCUGCCCUAAAUUCCUCGUUGACGUGAAAGUCGAGGGAAGGCCCCUGAAAUUCGAAGUGGACACGGGCGCCGCAUGUUCUCUCAUCAGUGAGGCUACCUACCACCAAACGUGGCCAUCGAACGCCCCAAAGCUUUCGAGAGAACCCCUAGACUUACGCACCUGGUCAGGGGAAGAACUUGACACCGUCGGUUCGGCACAGGUUCGUGUGCGUUUCAAAUCAAAGGACUACGUGCUGCCCCUGCUGAUAAUGAAAGGGACUGGGUGCAACCUGCUCGGACGUGACUGGUUCUCAGCACUGAACAUCCGUGUUCACGGAAUAAACCAGGUCGCCGAACCAAGUCAAGAGAUCCAGGAGGUUCUCGCACGCCAUCCUGAUGUAUUUAAGGAAGGUAUCGACGGCUACGUGGGUCCAUUGGUUCACUUGGACUUAGAAGAAGGUGCCACACCCAAGUUUUGCAAAGAUGGAACAUUUCGCGUUUGUGGAGAUUACCGGAGCACUGUUAACGCGGUGGUCAAGAAGACGGCGUACCCACUGCCGACAACUGCGGAGGUGUUCGCGAAGUUGCGCGGUGGGACGACAUUUUCGACGCUAGACCUGUACCAGGCCUAUCAGCAGCUAAGAGUGGACGACGAGACAGCCGCAUUGCUCACCGUCAACACCACCAAAGGACUGUUCAAGAGGAAGCGCCGCCGCCGCAUGAUCUGCCCACAACGCCCGACUCCGAGCAUAGCGAAGCUGAGGCCGGGCUGGACACUUGUGCGACGCAAGCUCGCGAUGACCAACCCAGCGGGUCCGCGCAGCACCAAACUGCACCGAGGCCCCAACGUGAUCGGCGUCCACCUGACCGAUACGGUGACCCCGUCUAAGGGCGAUGACGAAGCGAUUCUUCGACAACUACAGACCCUUGGCGUCGGACAUCGUACGUAUGCAUACGUGCGAGACUUUCUCACCGACCGAAAAAUAAAACUGGGCGUCGGCACGGCAAAUUCCUGCAUCGUCUCUCCUGGCAACCGCGGCACACCACAAGGCUCCGUUCUGUCACCGCUGCUUUUUAACGUCGCACUGAUAGGACUACCUAAGCUCCUGGCUGACAUCCCCAACUUACACCACAGCCUGUAUACUGACGAUCUGACUCUUUGGAUCACGCAGGGCAGCGACGGCCAGAUCGAAGAGGCUCUCCAGACCGCCAUCGAUCGUGUCGGUAGGUACCUCGAUACAGUUGGCCUUAGCUGUUCGGCGACUAAGUCAGAGUACAUCAUCAUCCCGUCCCCAGGACGACGUGCACCAAAGGUACUUCCUGAGAUGAACCUCCAGGUCCAAGGUAACCCCAUCCCUCGAACGGAUCACAUCAGGAUUCUAGGCCUGCACUUACAGGCAAACGGCAGCAAUACUAUUUCGCUCCAACGCAUCGACCAGUCGGUUGUACAGAUCGGACGCCUUCUCAAGCGAGUCUCCAACAAACACCGAGGUAUGCGAGAGUCCAACCUCCUGCGCCUCGUCCAAGCCUUCAUCUGCUCCCGCAUCACCUACUCUGCACCUUACCUACGUCUCACCCGCGCCGAAAGCGAACGGCUAGAGACGACACUUCGUAAAGCAUACAAAACGGCCCUGAGUCUUCCCAUGUCCACAGCCACUCACACUCUCGGCAUCACCAACACAGUGAGCGAGCUGAUUGAAGAUACCCUCACCGCCCAAUAUGAGCGGCUGUCACUCACACACGCCGGCCGAGCGAUACUGCAGCAAAUUGGGAUCUCACCAACGAGGGCGGCCCCCAACUAUGCAGACCUCACACCAGAAUAUCGUCGAAGUCUCUGCAUCCCUCCCAUUCCCAAGCGGAUGCAUCCGGAACACCACGCCGAGAGACGGGCCGACCGGGCACGUCAGUUCGAGAAGCGCUUCAGCGGACGUCCGGACGUCACGUAUACGGACGCCUCUUACCACCCCUCGAAGCCAGCGAUGGUGGCGGUGGCCCGCGCCCCCUACCGUAGCUGGCACACAGCAUGCAGCAUUCGCAAAACAGAAACGGUCACCGCAGCAGAAGAGGUUGCCAUCGCGCUUGCGCUAGCUGACCCUACUACCAAAGUUGUCAUCAGUGACUCUCAACAAGCCAUCCGCAACUACGAUGCCGGCCGCAUCUGCCGCCAGGCAUUACACAUUAUAACUUCUGCUCCCCCCUCUUCUACAUCCCGUUUACUCCUUUGGGCUCCAGCCCACGAGUCGUUGAGCGGAAACGCCCAGGUGCACACACUCGCCCGAGAUCUUAGCUGCCGAGCCGAGUGUAGGGUUCACCGCGCCGCUUCCCCUGAUACAACUAUGCCGCGCGACUCACUACUCACCACUUAUACGGACAUCCUCCAGUAUUACCGACUCGGAAGAUGCGUAUACCCCCCUGCACACCACGAUCUAACAAGACGUGAGGCCGUCCAAUGGCGCAAACUACAGACAGGCAGCUUCCCACACCCCCUCUUAUACAGCAGAAUCUUUCCGGAACGGAUAGCGCCAAGGUGCAAACAUUGCUCAUAUCCGGCGACACUCACACAUAUGGUGUGGACGUGCACGCACUACAACACAGACAACACAAACACUCCAGAGUCGUGGGAGUCCCUCUUGCGUACCUCCGAGCCAGAAGACCAACGCCGGCUCAUCCAGCGCGCGGUGGAGGCUGCGGUAUCCCAAGGGAUCCCCGCCGACCUCCUCUGAAAUAGCGCAACCAGUCUUCGUACUGGUCCCCUC